CCGCCGCGAGUCACUCGCGCGCCACAGCUCGCCCGGACUCCACGAACGAACGACCGCCGUCCGCCGCCGGUGUCGUAUUACCGACCUAAAAAUACCCGCGAGCGCGAUCGCCUUUUACAAACUGCGCGUUGUUUUGAACCAGUGAUUGACAGUGCCUAGUGAAGAACCACUAAACAGCGAUAUCAAACAUGGCACAGUUGCUAACUGUGCGGUUGAAUAAGUCGGGCCCGGAGCCUCUGGGAUUCCGGCUGCAGGGCGGCAAGGACUUCGGCACACCCCUAGUCGUGCAGAAGGUUAACGGUGGCAGCCCAGCUGAGCGUGCCGGGCUACAAGCCGGCGACGCGCUGAUCAAAGUCAACAACACAGACGUGUUCACACUCAGGCACCAAGAGGCGCAGGACGCUAUCAGAGCUGCUGGUGUCAAUCUAGAACUCGUAGUACAACGUGGAGGUGGCACCUGGCGUCCCACAGUGACCCCCACGGGCAGCCUGCCAAGGCCCGGCUCCCGGCCUCUUGGGGCCUCCCCCACCCCGGUCACCAACACCUCGCUGAAGGCCACGCCCCAACCCAACCUCGCCUUCGGCUCCGGACACAACAACGUUGCUAAGCCGUUUGGUUAUAUGAACGGCAACAACGUACCGAGCAUAGUGAACAAGCAAUACAACACACCCGUGAAGAUGUACUCCGACCAGACUAUCGCGGAGACACUCUCCGCCCAAACUGAGGUGCUCGCUGGAGGCGUGCUAGGAGUAAACUUCAAGAAAAAUGAGAAAACAUACGAUGCGGAAAAGAGCGCCGUGUUUAAGGUUCUGCAAGAGGAACAGAAUGAUCCCGAGCCAGAGGCGUCUCACUUUUACUCGCGGGCCAGCGUGGGGCGCACGCCAUGCGCGCUGUACAAGACGCACCGCUCUCGCUCGGCCACGCCGCGCGUGAUUGGCGGCCCGGGGCAGUCGGCGAACUCGCAACACGGGACCCCACAGCCGCGUACCCCGAAUCGCGGGAACUCGCAAUGCAGGACCUCUCAGUGCGUGACGCCACAGCCGCCUCGCUCACAGGGCACGCAGACACCGGAACCUAGCGCCGUCCAAGCUUCAGAGCCUGAGGCCGCACCGGCGCCUCCUACGCUGGCCCCCGAAGCUACACACCGGCCCAGCAUCCCCGUCGGCUGCCACCAGGUCCUCCCGGACGGCAGCGUAACGCUGGGAGUCCCGGCCCAACCCCAGCCCGAAGCCGGCGCGCUGCCCGUGGUCAACGACACGCCCUAUUGCUCGGACUGUAAUCGCUACAUUAUCGGCGUUUUCGUUCGCAUCAAGGACAAGAAUCUGCACGUGGAAUGCUUCAAGUGCUCAACUUGCGGUACUUCGCUGAAGAACCAAGGCUACUACAACCUCAACGGCAAGCUGUACUGCGAUAUCCACGCUAAGCUCGUGGCCCGCCAGAACCCGCCGGCGCCUAAUCUGGAGCCCGUCACUGUGCCACCUGGCGGCCGUAUCCCGACGAACACGUACUCGACACCGCUGCCGCCGCUGGCUACCAGCAACUACAGCAACGGAUCUUCUUCACUGUUCAGCCCAUCGAGCAACAUAUCCGGCCCGAAGCCUUUCGGAUCUUCCAUCGGCUCUGCCUACUCACCAUCGCUGUCACCGCGUUCAGCGCCGCUGUCGCCCGCGCGGCCCGUGCAGGCGCCCGCGUCCGCGUACACUCCCGCUUACGCCCCCGCCCCCGCGCCCGCCUACACGCCUGCGCCCGCGCCCGCUCCAGCUCAUGCGCCGUUUGCGCCAAAGUCUCCAGGUUCCAUUUUUAAAGCUAACGAGACGCCGACACACCAUGUCCCUCACAAACCAGAAUUUAAAAGUGCAGCCGAGGAGAGACUUAUCAGAAAAAUGGCAAAAAUGGCACUAAACGGUUACGAAAUUGGAGUACAGAGAAAAAUAAAGCCAGCAGAUCAUAUCCAAUCCAUGGCAGAUAAGAUUCAAGACACAGUUGUGACAAAACAUCCCUUGAAUACGGAUAAUCUCUCAUCAGGAGACAGCAGCCGGGAAAAUACUUUGAGACGACCGUUAAAUACAACAUUUGAGAGAAAUCAUAAACCUGACAACAGCAUUCAACAUAUUGGGGAUAAAAUUAAAGAAACCCUCUUAAACAAUCACCCAGCUGUAACCGCAAAUUUCACUAACGGCAACAGUAACGGCUCUUCACCCCAAACCAAGCACAUCGGAGAUAAAGUAAAAGACGGCCCCGCGAAUCAGACACCCGCUGUCACUAUUAACGCCAAUGGCAACCCACCACCACCGCCGCCAAUGUACUUUGAUAAGUUAAAUGACACCCCUAAUAAAAUAUUUUCAGCUCCGAAUAAAAUUAAUGGAGUACCGGUUCCGCCACCAAUCCCAAACACUCCUAUACCGACAUUUAAUGCCAGAAAUUCUCCAACUGGCCAAUUGUUAGAUAUGAUAGAUUCUAAGACAUUGUAUGGCGGAAACAACGGACACAACCAUGUAGAAAAAACACAGACUCUCGAGAAAACAAACAAGAAAUUAAACGGGUCCGUUGGUUCAAUGAACAAUGAAAAGGAAAAAGUUGAAAAUAACUAUUUGAAUACAUUGCGAAAAAAGGAUGCAAAUGAAAAAACUGCAUUCCUCAAUGGAAUAAAUAAAAAUGAUCUAACUAAAACAGAACUUCUGGUAGAUUCAAAAAAGAAUCUCUUGGGUAAAAGGAAUUCGUUUGAAAAAGAAAGUCUUGUCAACGAUAUGAACGGCUACUCUGAUAAUCUUUAUCAAAAAGACAGAAUAAUUAACAUGGUUCCAGACACAAACACGUUCAUGAAAGCCAGUAUGUUUGAGAAAAUAUCAAACGAAAAGAGCAAUAAUAAAUUCCAAAAUGACGAAUCUCCGAAAAUUGAUUCAUUACCACACAAUUUGUACGACAAUUCAUUAUACUCUUUGAAACCUGUGAAAGUAAACGGUAAUGGCAACAUAAACAACCAACGUAAUUGGAGUAGUUCUGAUGACGCAGAUUCCGUUGAAGGAGAGAAUGUUUCAAGUAAUGAUUAUAAUAAGCAAAGUGACAAUGACGCGGAUAUUGUAGUUAAACGCCGACAGAAAAGAACAGAGAGGAAUGUGGAUGGCAGAAGGGACUCUCACAUUAUAGCCCGCCCUCUAAGUACAAUGACGUCUGCCGACGUUGCUGACGGACUUCUACCAGUAUGCCACAAGUGUGACAAAACUAUAACCAGGGGUCCGUUCAUAACCGCGCUGGGCCGCAUCUGGUGCCCCGAGCACUUCAUCUGCGUAAACGCGACGUGCAGACGCCCGCUGCAGGACAUCGGUUUCGUGGAGGAGAACGGCCAGCUCUACUGCGAAUUCUGCUUCGAGCAGUACAUCGCGCCCGCUUGCGACAAGUGCCACGCCAAAAUCAAGGGCGAUUGUCUGAACGCAAUCGGCAAGCACUUCCACCCCGAGUGCUUCAACUGCGUGUACUGCGGCAAGCUGUUCGGAAACAACCCCUUCUUCCUGGAGGAUGGUCUGCCUUACUGUGAAUCAGACUGGAACGAGUUGUUCACAACGAAAUGUUUCGCGUGCGGAUUCCCGGUGGAGGCGGGCGACAGGUGGGUCGAGGCGCUCAACAAUAACUACCACAGUCACUGCUUCAACUGCACGGUCUGCAAAAAGAACCUCGAAGGACAGAGCUUCUUCGCUAAGGGAGGACGACCCUUCUGCAAGACACACGCCCGCUAGAUGUCGCUGCGUCAUGUACAACUCUGAUACUGUUUAUUCUACGACUACCUUCCGCCCGGUGUCACCCGCCCCCGCACCACCUUCCCCUCGUAUGGAAUCUCCGCAGAGGACGAGAAAGUUGGAAACGCCCCUCCACUUCGAUGGAGGACUGUUUUCCGACAUCAGAAGUAAAGAUGGCAAGUUACUGAGCAAAGUAACUGUCGAUCGAAUGCACUGCUCCUCGCGCCGCGACGUCACCGACUCGCCCAGCGUUUACCACAGCGUCAGCAAUACUGGUAAAGACUAUAUAGACGAUAUAGUCAAAACAGAAACAGUCACGAACGAGGAGGUCAUUAAAGUCAAAUUCACACCCGUCCUAGAGUUUAACGCUCCUCGUCUGCUGACGCCUUCACAAUUCGAACGGCCGCAGACGCCAGUUCCAUACAUUAAGGACGGAUUCGAAGAUCUGCAGAGCUACAAGAUCGUCAACUCGAUAUGCAAGGAGAAACAAUUCCAGAACAAUUUGGGUGAUGAGGUCAAAAGGUCCCCCAGCCCUCUGCCUGGCUUUCUUACUACCGAACCGGUUAAGAGUACACCAAGUCCUCUAGCGGGAUUUUUAAAUUCGGAGCAAGUUAAAAGAUCACCUAGCCCAUCGGGGUUCUUGACGUCAGAAUCAGUUAAAAUGUCACCUAGUCCUGCGGGAUUCUUAUCGUCAGAGUCAGUUAAAAUGUCACCUAGUCCUUCGGGAUUUUUAUCCUCAGAACCAAUUAAAGUUUCACCAAGUCCUUUCGCGGGAUUCUUGAAUUCUGAACGUGUUAAAAUACCACCGAGCCCUUUCACGGGUUUCCUAGCUUCAGAGUCAGUUAAAAGGACGCCCAGCCCGUUAGGAUUUCUAUCGGAGCCGAUAGCGAGGUCACCGAGCCCUCUAGCUAAUUUCCAUGUAUCAGAGCAGUUGACGAAGAUUGACCAUUACUUGCAAGAGAGUUUGGAAGCGUGCGGGGGUAAGGAGGCGAGAAGCUCCGUGUUACAACACGAGGGAGAAUCGAUCAGGGAAGUCAAACAAACGCAAAUAACACAAGAAACCAAAGUGGAUUCCAGUGUUCAUUCUACAAGUGAUUACCGAAAAGAAAACGCGACGAACAUUCAGUCAUACGCGACUGAAACCCCGAGGGAAAGAAAGAAGUCUAAAGUAAACAGUGUCAAAGUUAAGGAGCCAGGCGUUUUGCGCGCCAUCUACAAUAUGCCUGUACACUAUCAUGCGAUCAUUCUAUGUUUCUUCUUAAUUGUAUAUAAUCUUAUUUAUCAAUACGUUAAGGAAAAUUGUCAUGGUAAAAAAUAAACUCUAAAUUACCAAUAUUUAGUCAAAUAUAAACGCAUAUUAAACUAGUCAUCGAGUUACUCAUACUUUGAAAGGUUUGGAUGUUGGACCCGACACUUCCAUACACAUAUCGUUUUAAGUUAGACGUUGGAUAAAAAACAUCCCUUUAUACUUAACUCACAGAUGUACAUAAUAAAAGUUAACCGACUUACAAUUGUUGUGUAUGAGUAAUUUAUAAAUUAACAAUUGGUGCUUAUUAAAUUGCUCGCAUUAAAGUGAUAUAUAUUUGUUUACUCAUAUUAAGGAAGAAUAUUAAGUGCCAUAAACUUUUUAUUUAUGGCACUGGGUAACUUUCUUAAAGUUGAGCUUUGUAUACAGCUUACGGAAUGUUGCCAGUUAACUAACACUAACAAUGCAGUCACAUUGAUUUCUUAUGUUGCAACACCGUGGAAUGGAACAACAAACGUAUUUGUUUUAAGUUGCCUACCGCCAUUAUCGAAAAUUUCGUUUUUCGGUAGGGUAGUACUAAAAGGCAGUUUCAUUGGUCAAUUUGCUGCCCAUUCAUGCUUUUGUUUAAAUUUUGUACUGAAACGACAGAAGGGUCUGACAAAUCGGACCAAUCAAAUUGUCAAUUUGGAAAUUAGGAUAUGAAAAGUUUCAUGGUUCUGCAACAAUGUGACCAAGGCUAAGUAGUUACUUUAAAAUGUUUGGUUAUAUAUGAAUGACGAGAAAAAAACGAAAAUGAUAAUUUUGACCGUUACUUUUAUGAUUGGUGCACCAAAUGGAAGGAAAUACAAUAUUUAUAGAUUUAAUUUUAGCCAUUUAACUAUAAUAAUGAGGUAUUAAUAUUAAUAAUGCGUAUUUUUAUGAAUAUAGCCCAUUUAUAAUACAUUUAAAUCUACCAUUUUUUAUAGUUGAUGUUAGCUUUAAGAACUUAUUUUUAGCCACAGUUAUGACUACAUGAUAUAAUGUAAGAAUUCGAAAUUUGCCGUUUUUACUUUUGUUAAUAGUAAUAUUAAUCAGAUAUAUUUAUUUUAGGCAAUAUUACAAUUAUCAUUAGAUUGAUAAGCAAUUCUGAGCUUAAAUAAAAUAUUUUCUUGUAA